AUGAACAUUACUAAUUCAACGAUUGUUACCAAUAAAAAUAGCGUCGUAGACAACACACACCAAGAUGUAGUUAUAUACGGACGUCAUGAGUUUCUGCAGACUCGGCCUGAACUAGCUGUUCCAUGCAUUAUUGUGCUUGGCUUUGCGUCAAUUGUUGGAACGUUGGGUAACUUAUUGAUUCUGUUUGUCAUUGCUACAAAAAAGAAACUGAGGAAUGUGGAGUCCAUUUUCAUCGUGAAUUUGGCCAUUUCGGACCUGUAUGUAACCGUUGUGGCCGAUCCUAUGAGUCUUAUAGGAAAACUUGAAGGCGAGCAAUUCUUUGACCGCUACACGGGACUUUGCCAAGCAGUCGGAAGUAUCUGUACCAUUUCAUGCGUAACUUCGCUAACCACGAUUAUGAUGAUGAGCAUCAACAGAUACUUUUACAUAUGUUCACACGACUUGUACACUCGUUUAUUUUCUCGAUGGAACACUUUGUGUGUUUGUCUAUCGCUUUAUCUCCUUGGAGGAAUUCUUGUAUUCCUGAAUCUAGCGGACGUUGGAGAUCAUGGGUUUGACCAUAAGAGCCUAGAAUGUAUCUGGGACAGAAUGGCUACAUAUCCGUAUACUGUCGUAUACUCGGUAGUUAUGGUCUGGAUCCCGGCUUUAAUUACAAUUAUCGCCUACGUUCGCAUAUUUAUGUUUGUCCACAGUCGACGAAGAAAAGUGCAAGGAAGUGUGAAUAGUGAUCGUGCAACAUCAUCCAACCAUAAUGUGAAGAGCCUCCAUCUUGCUAAGACUUUAGGAAUCAUAUACGCGGUCUUUAUAAGCUGUUGGUCGCCAUACGCGCUUGUGCUUAUACUCGACACCAGAGAUACAUUUCCGCACGAGUUGCACGUAUUUUGCACGGUGUUUGCUCAUUUGCACCCGUCACUGAACUGGUUGAUUUACUAUCUUACAAACAAGAAGUUCGAAGAAGCCUAUAAUGAAACCUUUGCUUGGUUGAAAAAUGUCAUCAAUAGAUAA